CACGAUUAAAUAGCAAUUUGUUUAUCAAUUUAUUUGUCGUUUAUUUGAUUCAAUAUUUUAGUCAAUAAUUUAUAUUUGUAAUCAAUUUAUAAAUUAUGAGUCUCUAUAGAGUAUUGUUGUCACCGAUAGGCUAUAGAUGGGAUCAUUUGUUGGCCAACGGAUCCAACAAAAGGUUAUGCGGUUUGACUUCAUUGAGGACACUGUCGAAGAAGAUCUUCGAUGAUUCGGAUCCCAAGACAGUGGAGAUCAAGAAGGAGUUGACUGAUCUGAAAGACAAGGAGUUGUAUAACGAAUACUCACAGCCAGAGAAGGGAUGGGUUUACGACAAAAAGCCCAUUAAAUACAUGUGCAAAGAAGGAAAGGCUUACCUCUGGUGCAGUUGCGGUCGAAGUCAUCGACAGCCCUUCUGUGACGGCACUCAUAAGAACAAACAUCUGAAGAUAACUCUUAGACCGAUUCGAUGGGACUGUUUGGAGACUAAGGAGUACUGGUUCUGUAACUGCAAACAGACAGCGCACCGACCCUUCUGUGACGGCACCCAUAAGAGCGAUGGCAUCCAAUCGGGACAGUCAACCAUUCGGGACGCAAACUCUCCCCCUUUUAUUAACGAUACGAUUAAUGUUGUUAAAUAGGCUUAUCAUAUGUGUGUAUAUAUACGGUAGUAAUUAAUGGUAUACAGUCUGUACGGCCAAUACACUAAUACAUUAGACAUUCUAUAGAUAAUUAACAACUCAAAGCAUACAUUCAAAUACAGUGUACUGUAUAUCCAUAAUAUAGACACUCAAAAGUGAAUCCAAAUAUUAUUAAAUAAAAACAUUGAUUUUAACUCAUAAUA